GAACGGUUGUGCUCGCGCUGCCACGCACGUAUCGAUAACUUUUCGCAAAGCGGCAGGCCAGUUGUUUAUUCGAAGAAUGAGCAAUGUUUUAUUAAUUAUUUUCAUAAUAACCUUAAGCCAGGCAACAUGUGAGACACAAUGUGAUGCAACAGGGCAAUCUACCUGCAUUAAAAAUGAAGAAAUAGAAGUGAAGCUGAAUGCAAAAUUUGAUAAAUUCACUCGAAACAUAGAGAAGGCCUUAGCCAAUUACCAGCCAUGCACUGCGGAUGAAACUGACGUCAAUUGCACCUGCUACGCGGCAGGCAUCAAGCGAGAUCUGGCCCCAUACAAAUCAACAGGUUUCACCCGGAAGAUGAUCGAAGACGCCGGCAAAUAUGGCACGCGGUACAAAAUCUAUGGGAAGCAGCUAUUCAGGGAGGAUAACUGUAUGUUUCCGGCGCGCUGUCAGGGCAUCGAGCACUUUCUGCUGCAGCUGCUGCCGGAGCUAAAGAACAUGGAUUUAGUGAUCAACACUCGAGACUAUCCCCAGCUGCAUUCGACCUGGCAGCACAAGGGACCCGUUUUCUCGUUCUCUAAGACUACAGAGUAUCUGGAUAUCAUGUACCCCGCCUGGACCUUCUGGGCGGGUGGUCCGGCCACCAAGCUGCAUCCCACGGGCAUUGGACGCUGGGAUUUGAUGCGUGAGAAACUGGAAAAGGCUGCCAAAGCGAUCCCAUGGCGAGAGAAGAAGGAAAUUGGAUUCUUUCGCGGCUCACGCACUUCGGACGAGCGCGAUUCGUUGAUUUUGCUGUCCAGGCGAAAACCUCAACUGGUGGAGGCGCAAUACACCAAGAAUCAGGCAUGGAAAUCGCCCAAGGACACCCUCGAUGCGCCGCCAGCGAACGAGGUCUCCUUUGAGGAUCACUGCAAAUAUAAAUAUUUAUUUAACUUUCGCGGCGUUGCGGCCAGUUUUCGCCUGAAGCAUCUGUUCCUCUGUGAAUCCCUCGUGUUCCACGUCGGCGACGAGUGGCAGGAGUUCUUCUAUCACCAGCUGAAGCCUUGGGUCCACUACGUUCCCCUGCACAGCUAUCCCAGUCAGGAGGAGUACGAGGACAUACUCAACUACUUCAAAAGCCACGAUGAACUGGCUCAGCAAAUUGCCCAGAGAGGACAUGAAUUCAUUGCUCAGCACCUGAGGAUGCAGGAUGUCCAGUGCUAUUGGCGCAAGCUCCUGAAACGCUAUGGGAAGCUGAUGAAAUAUGAUGUGAAACCAGAUAAUACAAUGAGACGCAUCAGAGGCGGCAGAGAUGAGCUCUAGUAUUCAAAACUUGCGAUCUAUAGAUCUAAACACUUCAGGAGAAACUCUAACAU